AAUCAACACUACGUCAACUUUCACUCACGCGCACACACACAGCUGAAGCGCGAGACGCGACCGUGUGCGCAGUAGCGUCGCGUUCACGCUUCUAUAAUAAAGCGGAAGCAGUAUUAUUUCUCUCAUUAUUUUAAACUACCAAAGGUGAAUCCUUCGGUGUUGGGUCGCUGUCCGCCGUUUGUGGACUGGUGUGGAUCUGACGCUAGAAUGGGCGAAUUCCGCUGGAUUUGACUGUAACUAUGGAAAUGGAUCCCACAUUCUCACAGGGAGACAAAGGUGGGCCUGUUAGGGGCGGAUGACAUUGAUGUUUGGAGGUGUGCUAGGGGCGGAGACUUGGGAGCAUUUUCACAGACCGUUCUGACUUCAUCCUGCUUUUGACAACGAAGAGACAGGACGUGUUUCACAAAGCAGUAUGAGGUCCAUGUGGAGGAUGUGGGGCCCCUGCGUAUGAGAAUGCGCAAACGUCUGCUGUGGGAUGAGCCGCUGCAGAUCUCCUGGCUGAUGGAGACCGAGCCGUUCACCUCCUCCCUCCAGAUGGGGGGUCCUGUGGCGGGCGCCGGCAUGACCCUGGAGCAGAAGACCACCUUUGCCUUCGUCAUCUUCCUCUUUGUCUUCCUCUGCAUGCUGAUUGUGCGCUGCUUCCGCAUCCUGCUGGACCCGUACCGCAGCAUGCCAACCUCCACAUGGGCAGAUGGUCUGGACGGCCUCGAGAAGGGCCAGUUUGAUUACACACUGGCUUAGAAGACAUACACACACACACACACACACACACUCAUGUGGUGAUGAAGGCAAACAAUCUUUUCAAUCGAGCGCUGAACAUCCUAAAGUCAUACAGAAACACAUGAAUAUAGUAAUUCUGCAUAUGAGCAGCUCCACCACAAGCUUGUAAAGAUGAUUAACACACACACUGUGCUCACUGCCAUCCACAUAUAUAAAGAUGUUGUUUCAGUAAUUUAGUGUGCAGCGCUUUAUUACAGACUGAAUGGAUGUUGAGCUCUUUAUUAGUGCUGGGACACAGGGUAUCCCUCUUUUAUAUCCUCCCAAAAAUCAAACCCUUGUUUCCUCAUAUCUGUGCUGUCAUUAACUGCCAAGUACAAAUCUCUAGAAGAGAAGCUCUUUCUAAGACCGUUUAUAAGCAUUUCAUAAACACUUAUGACGCUUUUGUCGAAAUAGCCUUAAAAAACAUGCACUGUAAUCGGCCACUGUCAGAGUUUACAUGUUUCAUUACUGGCAAUUACUGCAGUGCUUCUGGUCACAUCCUGAGCCUUUUUAGAAAUCUUUAGGAGAUAUUAAUACAAAGAUAGGAUAGGCUAUUAGAUGAGCUGUUGAUUCAUUGUGUGUGCAAUAUGUAUAGGUCUCUUCACAUGUUCUGUACAUUUGAAAUCUUAUUCAUGGUAGGAAUCACAGGAUUUGUCAGCCUUAGCACAACAAAUACUCUAUGAUCUUACAUCAUGUCUAUAUCUGUAUAUUCAUAGGCUGUAGUUUCGCAAGCCUUAACAUGCGAAGCUGCCAUCAGCAGAACCAUCAUAAUGUGAAGUUGCACGACCCAUUUGAGCCUUUGAAUCAAACGCUAAUUUUAAAAAUCCAUGAUCUAAGAGCUGAUCAUGAUUGUGAUAGUCACAAACUGAUCAUGAUGAUAGUAUUAAUUGGGGCUAUGAUGCGAAUGCUCCUCUGCCCUGUCUAUCAUAGUUCAUCUCAUUGAUGAUUGUGAUGGUUUUUGUUGCACUAAUUCAUUGUACCUGCUGUCACUGUGAAAGAGCUGACAAACUUUAGAGCACUUAGUAAAGGUCAUUUUAUCAUAUGUGUCGUGAUAAAGAUUUAACAAUUUAAAUCUUAAAAUUUAAUCAUUCAAAACAAAAGCUGCUCAUUUGUUUUUGAAAGAUUGAAGUAUUGGGGUUGGAGUGAACAGACUGUUUUCAAUGUUCCCCUGCUGCUCUUUAGAUGAUAUGAAGCACGAAACGGCUCUGUCUGUGACUUUAAUGUCUUGAACAGAACAGUAUGUGGAGCCUCAAAUCGAUGAGAAUUUGUAUUUAGACCUUCAUACUGUUGUAAGAUAUAAAUGUCUGUGCAGUAAGAGGAGUAAUAAAUGUAAAAGCACCAUUAUAUUCAAACAUAAAAUGAUUCAGAAUUAUAAUGCUUUGUUUUAAUGGUGUUAAAACCAUUUAUGUUUCAGAGAGAUGAAUAAUAAAAAUUAUUUGUUUCCAAAGCAGUAUAAAUGUAA